UUAUGAACUUGUCAAUUUCAUCCAAAUAAUCGGACACUCACUGUUCAGAUGGAGUUGUACGUUGUGCAUCCUGACUUGUACACUCUCACAUAAAUGGGCUUUUUGCUCUAACUGGGUUGGAAGAAGUCUGUGCACAGGCGCCAGAAUAUCAGCUGCUUUCUGUUAUGAAAUCCGCUGCCACUUUCGACUUUUAGCGAUUCCCGUCUCUUUCAACAGAUGGUGAUUGCAGCACCUCGGUUUAUUUCCAUCGGUUCUUCAUGUGGUGUUUGUCAUUCUGAAGGCAUUGGUUGCUCUACAUCAUAUGGAGUCACUAGCAAUUGGAUUCGUUCUCCUGAGAUUCCAAGAACUUGUGAUAAUUUAGAAUCAAGAUUCAGAUGCAAAAAUCAGUUUCUUGGAGAUGUUGGAUUAAAUUGGAGGCGAAUUGGUCGAAAAAAUUGCAUGUCCAAAGUUUCAGUUGCUGCAGAUUAUCCUGAUUCAGUCCCUGAAUCAUCAUCAUCAUCAAGUUAUGUUGCAAAAAAUGGAUAUCAUCCACUUGAAGAAAUCAAAAAUUGCAAAAGAGUUCGUGAAACUAAGCUUACAAGUGCAGAAAUUGCAAAGACAACAAUCGAGGGUAAUAGUAGUGGAUUGUUGAUAUUCCCUGGAACAAUACACUCUGAACCACAUGAGCAUAUCUCAUGGGUGGAAUAUCCAUAUGUGAUUGAUGAUGGUGGAGAUAUAUACUUCAAGGUUCCAGAUGAUGCAAACAUUAUGCAAGAUCCUGAAGCAAGAAACCCUGUGAAUGUUUUGAUUGGAAUGGAUCUUCUAGUUUUUGAGAAUCAACUGUUAUCUAUCCCUGAAAGUCAUAUUUCUGAUACCUCUCUUGAUGACAUUCUUUUCUUUGAAGACUAUUAUGAGGAUGAGGUUCCAGAUAUGUUGGGUGGCUUUACAGAAUGGGGUAUACCAAUUGAUUCUGCUGGGGUCCACCCGAUUUAUUUUGCCAAGUGUUUGACAAAGGCUUCUAACAUGGAAUAUUCUAGAAGGAUGGAUCAUCCUUCAAAUGGGGUUUCUGUUUUGGGAUGCUUAAGUCCUGCUUUUGUUGAUGAAGAGUUGUAUUUAAGAAGACUCUUUCGUGUUGAAGAAAGGGAUACAUAUGAUGAGAAUUGGGAAGAUGAAGAUGUAAACUGGAGUGCAUCACUUUUUUACAGAUUGGAGAUUAUGAAAAUCGAGUUGUUCUCUGUGUAUGGUGUUCAGUCGGUAAUAAAUUUGAAAGAUUUUAAAGAUGCUGAGGCUGAUAUUCUUGUACACUCGAUUCAUGAGAUUGUUGAAAACUUGAAUGAGAAGACAAUGAACUCUAAUCUUGCACUUAGAGCUUUAUGUAAAAAGAAUGGAUUUCAUGUUGAGGAAGCAAAUAUAAUUGGUGUUGAUAGUCUUGGCAUGGAUGUUAGAGUUUGCAUUGGCCAUGAAGUGAGAACCCAUCGUUUCCCCUUCAAAAUUCGGGUGACAUCAGAAACGGGUGCAGAAAAACAGAUCCAACAGCUUUUGUUUCCAAGAGCAAGGCGCAAGAGGCUAACAAGGAAACAAAUGGAUUGAAAGUUGUAAGAAAGUCCAAGAAUAAAGACAUCCUAGGGUUCAUGAUAGAUUUAGGAUUAGAUUGAAAAUAAAGAAAUGAAUAUUGAAAAAUGUUGUUCAACACUUGAUUUGUGAUGCUAAGUUUCUUUAAUAAGCAAGUAGUCAUAGUUUAGUAUAAUAGACUGAUGGUUGUAU